CUUAUUCAGCCUUUUCGGUCCGUUUGCGAUCUCUCGCGAUUUUUUCCCCAUUCAUCUCACAUCAGUUUCCAUUUGAAUUCCACGCGAAGUGGUUGAUCUGCACCAAAACAGGGAUUUUAAGAUCAGUGCGUGUGCCUUGAAAAGAUUGCUUGAACAAUGGCGAGAGUGAUGCGGAGUGAGUGUUGAAUUGCAAAACUGCGUGAGGCUCGAGAAUCAUGAAGCCUUUCAAGAGGAUUCUCAUAAAGUUAGUCGAACUGGGUGCUUGCAUAUCGUGCGUGAUAACGAAAGCCUUAACAGAUCAUGAGGCGAAGCGUGUGUUUCUGCUUAAUCAGAAAUUAUCGAGAGAAUGGAGUCUUUUGCACAACAUUACCUGGUCAUCGGCCGGAAAUGCAUUCGCCAACGUCACCUUCGGCGGCUACACCCUCGUCACAGCCCUCAUGGUGCUCUCCAGAAUCAUCGAUCCUCGGAGCAAUCCAACCAUCAUCGAGAAAAUCUUCUUGACCAUGGGCAUGUUCAUGUUCUUCGUGAUGGGCGGACUGGUGUUCGCCGCCCUGGACCAAGUGCCCUCUGCUCUGCACGACAAUGCCAUCAUCCUGGGCUGCCUGUCCUUCCUCGUGGCCUUCCUCUUCAUCGUGGAUCUAUCAGAUCCGCUGGCCAGACACCGCUCCGGUGCCACACAGACAGACGCCGCGGUCUUCGCCACGGCCGAGAGCGGCCACAGCGUGGCCGUUCAGGCGGACGACUUCAAACGGCCACACGUGGACACAGUGGAGACGAAGACACUGCCAAGCGCCCAGGAGGCUGUCUUCGCGCGCGUCCUCACGCCGGAGAAGAGUCGCGCUACCAAGAUGAAAACUGCCACCAAGUCACCCUUCAUGGUGGAUCAGGGCUCCGAGGACACUCUCACGUACAAACGCUACGGCGACUUCGAUGACUACAUGCGCGGCUCCGUGAUAGAGCGCGGCAACUUCAUCCUGCGCGUGCCGCCGUCCAGCACCUCCACCUUUCACCCCACGCUCACGCGCGAAAAGAAUCGCGACGCAGAGGAGAUGCAGGCGCCCGUCACGCCAGGCUACGUCGUGCACGCGGCCAAGAUGUGGGACAAGCGCGCCCGCACCACCCGACAGCCGCCCAUCGGGCCCAACACUGUCGUGUAAUCUCACACCACUAACUCUGU